CUUCUACUCUAUAAAGGAACUCUGCCAAAAUUCCAGCUCCACCAACAAUUGCUUAGUUGACCAAACAAUUACUCCACCAUGGCCAACAAUGCCAAUGAUGGAGCCUUUGGGUUGGAGGACGUGCCGGAUUUGCCUGAAGCACCCACGGAACAGCCCAAGUACAACCGGGAUUACCAUCGUCUCUUCGUCAAAUUCAUGAGCUGGCUGCACAAGAGGACAUACACCAAGGCGGCUCGCUUCCAACCUAGUGCUUUGGCCCACGUUGCCGACUACUUGAAAUGGCGUGCGUAUGGUACGACCGAUGUUGACUUCAAAGACCUCGAGCAGAAUCCAACUUGCCGCUCCUCUACUCUUGAGCAAGACAAGAAGGCUAUUUCCUUCUACAUGCCCAUCAAAGGUGCCACAUGGAAUGGAACCUCCGGCAAUCCAACCAAGAAUCAAGAAAGCGGAGACUCAACACCGCGGAAGAAUAUCGCAAGGUGGUCCAUGAACUCUACGCAGCAAGUCCAACUCAUCACCAGGACGGACGACAUCUCCAAGUUGAAGUAUUCCGACUACAAGCCGCAUCCAGACUUCCCUUUUGCGCUCAGUUGCAAGGUGCAUUGGUCCAAGAAUAUUUUGGAAGAACGACAAUGCCCUGACCAAAUCAUUCUUGGGUCGAUGGAUACCGACUUUUGUGCUAUGCUCGGAUUGGCGAAUUACAUGGAGGCGUCCUUCAACUACGGGUAUGGCGCCGCUGGUCGGGAAGAUGCAUUCCUCUUUACUCCCGAAAGCGAUCCUAAGUUGGCUCCCAAGCACUGCAACGCAGCCUACCGCAACAUUCUCAAGGCUGUCUUUUUGUCGGCUCCAUUUCUGGCUGUGGCGCUCCUCAUUGCUGGUGUUCUUGGGAGUCACAGCAUUCGGAGUUUGCUGCAACUCUGGCAAGAGGGAUGGGUGCUACUGCUGACGAAGUUGACAUUCAGAGGUCGCUGGAAGGCUCGCUUGUCUGGACGGGCCUACAUUUCGCCUGAACCAGCUCGUGCUGCCGAAAAGCUUUGCAUGGGGGCUCCUAUUGCCUACAAGCUACACCCGUAUGCCAAGAGAUGGUUGAUUGAGUAUGUGGUGCCAAGGACACAUGCGUUUUACGACGUGUCAACGCAUUUCGCUUCACUUGGCUCUGAGAGGAUGGAGCCUCCCGUUCGUGUUAGGAUCCAGAUGCGUACGAGCGCAUCAAGGCCAUAUCUUCCUGUUGGCAUCAACCCUGUGGUGAAAGUGCCUCUCUCUAUUUGGACGCACAACACCAAGCUCCACAUCAAGGAAAUCGAGCCGAUGGAUACGGGAGGCGGCGGUGGCACAGUGGUGGCACUACGGGAACGACCGGCCAGGCAAGCACUCGUCAAGUUGCCAAUCAGUCGCAGCAGUUGA